AUGCUUCGCCAAGUUUGCAGAUUAUCUACUCGCACCAAAGUUCAGCCAUCGAGAUUGUACCUCGUGUCUCGCGCUGCCUCCACUGGCAAGGUGUUGACCGUGGAAUCCAUGAAUCCUCAAAUUCGCAAUGCCGAGUAUGCUGUUCGUGGUGCUCUUCCCAUUCGUGCUGAAGCUCUUAGCAAGGAAUUGCAAGCCAACAAGAACAAGGGCUUUGAUCGCGUCGUCUUUUGUAACAUUGGCAAUCCCCAACAGUUGAACCAAAAGCCUGUUACUUUCUUCCGUCAGGUUGCCUCGCUCGUUGACAACCCUGAUCUUUUGAAGCCUGAGAACCGUGAGACUCUCAACAAGUUGUACCCUUCAGAUGCCAUUGAGCGUGCUGAACUUUUGUUGAAGCACAUUGGCAGUGUUGGUGCCUACUCGCAUUCCCAAGGUAUCCCUCAUAUCCGUGAGAACGUUGCCAAGGCUUUGGAGCGUCGCGAUGGCUACCCUGCCAACCCCGAUCACAUUUACCUCACUCAAGGUGCAUCCUCUGGUGUCCAAAACGUGUUGCAAUUGUUGACUCAAAACUCCAACAGUGGUUUCAUGAUUCCUAUUCCUCAGUAUCCUCUUUACUCAGCCACGUUGGCUUUGAUUGAUGCUGCCCCUGUGCCAUACUACCUUAAGGAAGAGCAAGAUUGGGGAUUAAGCGUUGCUGACCUCAAGACUUCUGUUGAAGAAGCCCGUGCUAAGGGUGUUGAUGUGCGUGCUCUUGUCAUUAUCAAUCCUGGCAACCCAACUGGUCAAUGCUUGACUGAAGAAAACAUGCGUGAAGUCAUUGAUUUCUGCCACAAGGAACGUUUGGUGUUGCUUGCCGAUGAGGUGUAUCAAACCAACAUUUAUCAACCUGAUCAACGUCCUUUCCACAGCUUCAAGAAGGUGUUGCGAUCCAUGGGUGACAAGUACCAAAACGUUGAGCUUUUCUCCUUCCAUUCCACCUCCAAGGGUAUGAUUGGCGAGUGUGGUCGUCGUGGUGGUUAUCUUGAAUGUGUCAACAUUGAUGAGAAGGUGCUUGAGCAAUUGUACAAGGUCGCUUCCAUCUCCCUUUGCCCCAACGUUCAUGGUCAAGUCAUGGUUGAUUUGAUGACCAACCCUCCCAAGGAAGGUGAUGCUUCUUAUGAAUCCUAUCAAAAGGAAGUUGGUACUAUCUACGAGUCCCUUCGUCGUCGUGCCACCAAAUUGGCCAACUGCUUCAACAACUUGGAAAACAUGACCUGCAAUGAUGCUCAAGGUGCCAUGUAUCUCUUCCCUCGUGUUCGUUUGCCCAAGAAGGCUAUUGAUGCUGCCAAGGCUGCCAACAUGAGCCCUGAUGCUUUCUAUGCUCUUCAAAUGCUUGAAGCUACUGGUGUCUGUGUCAUUCCUGGUUCUGGUUUCGGUCAAGAAAAGGACACCUGGCAUUUCCGCUCAACGUUCUUGCCUGAAGAACAUCUCUUUGAUCAAUUCUGCUCCAACAUUGAAAAGUUCCACAAGUCUUUCAUGAACGAGUAUAGAGAUUAA